AUGUCUUCAUUCCCCGUAUCCUCCUCUCGCAGAUCCUUCUGGAGAGAUGAAUCACCAGCAAUCACCCCCGGCAGUCCCGGUCCCUCACGAUUAUCGAAACGUGAUGUCGAGAAUUACCUCAGCUUCGCUACCCACCUUGAUCGUACUGAAGAAUAUGACCUAUCUUGGAGACUCUCACAUCCGCCUGAUGCCCACAUGCAGCAGAAAGUCCCGAUUCCGGUUGCUGCCGAGAGUGAACGUGGGAUAGAGGAUGAAUCAGAAUUAGAAGAUCUUGAUGCAGAAGUGGAAACUGAAAAUCAAGAGGGUAAUCAUCAAUCUUCAUCACCUAAUAAGCUUAGACGUGUUGAUGGACCCGGAUUUGCACCAUCAUAUCAAGAUGUCAGUGGUGUCCUACACAAGAACAAGAAGAGGAAGAGGGAUGAUAAGGAUAAAGAGCGAGAAAGAUUCAAAUGGCCCCUAUCGACAGCCGAGCUGGACAAGCAGAGUGAGAAAGAUGGAGGUAUCGGGAUAGACUCGCUGGAAGAUACGAUUAAAUCAUUCGCAAUGUCCUAUAUACGAUUGAAUGGACUGAAAUCACCUUAUACCGACCAUAAACAGAGUCAAGGUGAAGGUGAAGAAUCGUUGUCGAAUCAGAUUUUCGAUCCGGAUUUAGAACAGGAAAUGGAAUCCAGCUUACCUGAUGAUUUCAUCAAAUCGACCAAGGAAUACUUAAAUAGGAUGUUGACGAAUUUGGCUGUCAUCAGACCAGCAGAUAUUGGUAAGAAGAGGAGACAGAUGGGUACGAUAGAUUGGAUGGGAGUGUUGAGUGCUGCUAGUUUGGAUAAGGAUUUUGAGCCGCUGGUGAAGGACGCAAAUGGAAGGCUCAGAGAAAUGUACAAGGUGGAUGACCAUGAUCUGCUCACUCAUCGUCUCGGUAUUCUACAUCGCCCCAAGGUCAAUCCAGAAGCAUCUAUUCUUGAUUGUCUUUACGAUACGGUCUUACCGAAAACAAACAAUGCGAUACGUCCUCAUCAAUCUCAAAAAGAACUAGAAAACCGUGCCGAAAAGCGUCGAUUGAAAGAAGAAUCAAGGCUCGCCAGAUUAUCCAAACAACCUUCAUCCGUCCCAGCCAACCCAAAACCAAAACGAACGAAACGAAAAUAUACCAAACGAGACUAA